AAUAGUGUUGCUGGGGGAGGGGGAGGCACUUACAUCUGGACUAACAUCUCCGCAGAAGAAAUGGGCGGUGAAUUGAAAUAACAAGGAAGUACCACGUUUGCUUCUAUUUACAGAGGAGCUCGGUGAGGAACAAUGGGCCAGACUGUCAGGGACCUGCUGCUGGAGACCCUGGAGGAGUUGGGGGAGAAGCAGUUCAAGAAGUUUAAGGGGAAGCUGAAUGACUGGGAGGUCAAUGCCGGGUACAAAGUGAUCCCUAAGUGUCGCCUGGAGAAGGCAGAUGAGGAUGAUGUGGCUGAUCUCAUUAUCAGUUUCUAUGCAGAGACCUAUGGGAUUGAGGUGACCCUGGGAGUGCUGACUGCUAUUGGGGAUAUGGAACACCAUGGAAAGCUUAGGAAAUCCUGGCAGGAAGGUGAGUGUCUGUUUGCUGCUCCAACCCCUUCAGUAAAGCCUGAGGCAGGUAAUGAAAGAGUGACCCCUACAGUUGGACAGAGCUUUGUGGAUAAGCACCGAGCAGCUCUGAUUACCAGGAUGUCUCACAUUGAUCCAGUUCUGGAUAAUCUCCUGGAUAAUAAAAUUCUGACUGAUGAACAGUACGACACAGUGAGAAGCAACAGAACCUCCCAGGAGAAGAUGAGACAACUCUAUGAUUAUGUCAGGUCCUGGGGGAGGGAUGAGAAGGAGAGGUUCUACCAGUACUUGUUGAAGCACAAUAAGCCUCUCAUCAAGGACCUUGAGAUGAACUCAUGAGUCUCAUUCCCUGAAUUCUCGUUUGUAUACAUGGCCAGAUUAAAGUUGAAAAUAGUGUCUACAGACUUCCAACCCUUCCCGGGAUACUGACUUUCUCUCAUGCCGCCAGUCAGACUGUUCACUUCAGUAUCUGAGAAUCCAAGUGUCAUUUUCCAUUAGGCGAUGCCUUUUUUCCCCAUAUUACAGGAGACAAUAGUGUCAUGUUAAACUGCCCAGUUUACUCAGACAGGAACAUUUUCUACAUUUUGUAUCUUUAUGAAAUAAAACUAUUUUUCCUGGUUAA